UUCUGGAGCUCAGCUAACGGCUGGGGCCAACACUAGAGUGAACUGCAAGGAGAUGGCCUAGAGAUUAUCUAGCGCUUUUGACUUGUCCGUCUGCUGCUGCUGCUGAGAUUGCUGCUGCUUUGACUCCAGCCCUCGCUACCACGCGAAGGAUGCAUUUCACAGUUGUAAAAGACCUCAAGUAAGAAUCCACCCGGGAGGAUGUGUAUGGGUGAGGGAAGAGACUUUGGGGGGUGGCUGUUUAGAAGCUCAAGAAAAGUCGGGUCGUUUUCACCUAUGCCAGCUUUGAAGUUUCAAGAGCCCCUUUGGUAGCAUCGUCCUACUCCUCCCCCGUCCUCGUUCUUCCCCUCCCUCUACUUUUAGUAGCAAUUAAUUAUUUAUUGUUGAGCUGCAACUUGAGGUGAUUUGGGGAGGGGGGUGUAAAACAGAAAGAAAUUAAGGCAGUAGGAGCUGGUACCCCAUUUGGUGCUUCAGUGAGUAAAGGCUAAACCAUGGCCCCGACCGGAGAGGUUGCUGAUGUCAGGGAUGAACCCAGCAGUGGCAGAGAGGCUGAGUGUCAGAUUCCAGGGUCCGACUGCAACGGUUACUCUUGUAGCGCCAAGCAUUUGCCCCUGAACCCUGCCAGUCCCAUCAGACGGCCCCAGGACCCAGGCUGCCAGGUCCGCUGGGGAGACGUGGUCUUGAACAAGCUUCAGAGCUCCCGGAAACUUUCCUCAGCGCUUUGCGCUGGCUCUCUUUCCUUUCUGCUGGCGGUGGUGGUGAGGCUGGUCCGAGGCGAGAUCAGCUGUGACCUGGAGGAGAGUCAGGAGGAGGCGGAGGCUGCGGCGGCGGCGGCGGCGGCCGCAGCGGCGGAGGAGGAAGCAGCAGCAGCAGCAGCAGCAGCUGAAGGGGGCGUCUUAAAUCUGCCUCGGGGAGGUCCUCUGAGCGAAGGCUGGCAGCUCAGCGCUGGGCUGCAGCCCGCGGCGCUGCUCUUCGGUUUUCUGUGCGCCUUCUUUUGGAUGGGCUUGUACUUACUCCGCUCCGGGGUCCGACUUCCUCUCGCGCUCGUGCUGUUGGCUGCCUGCUGCGGGGGGGAAGCAAUUGUGCACAUCGGGUUGGGAGUCCGCGAGGAUCACUUGCUCUCUCUCCCCGCCACCGGGGUGGUGCUCAGCUGCUUGGCCGCCGCGACAUGGCUGGUGCUGAAGCUGAGACAGGGUGUCCUCAUGAUCUUCUUGAUUAGUGCGGUUAGGACCGCGUCCCUGAUUUCCUUAGAAAGGGUCAAGGUCGCCUGGAGGCCGUACCUGGCUUACUCAGCCGGGCUGGUGGGGCUGCUUCUAGCCAGGUACCCGGAAAAAAUUUUGCCCCAAUUGAGAGAAGCGGCCGGGAGAGAAGAUUUUGGCACCCAGCUGGUUGCAGGGACUAAAGAAGAGGUCUCGGUGUUUAAGAGGAGGAGGCGGUCCAGCUCCAUGAUCUCCGCCGAGAUGUCCGGCUGCGGCAGCAAGUCUCAUCGCAGGACCUCCCUUCCCUGCAUACCUAGGGAACAGCUCAUGGGACACUCAGAAUGGGACCACAAAAGAGGUUACAGAGGGUCACAGUCCUCAGGUACAAGUAUUACUGUUGAUAUUGCUGUGAUGGGAGAAGCACAUGGCCUUAUUACGGACCUCCUGGCAGAUCCUUCUUUGCCACCAAAUGUGUGUACCUCCUUGAGGGCUGUGAGUAAUUUGCUUAGCACGCAGCUGACUUUCCAAUCAAUUCACAAGCCAAGAGUGAGCCCUCUGGUUUCCUUCAGUGAAAAUUAUACCUGUUCUGACUCAGAAGAAAGCUCUGAAAAAGAGAAACUGGCUAUUCCCAAGCGUCUGAGAAGGAGUUUGCCGCCAGGAUUACUGAGACGGGUUUCAUCCACUUGGACGACCACCACCUCCGCCACAGGCUUGCCAACACUGGAGCCUGCACCAGUGAGGAGAGACCGGGCUGGCAGCAGCAAAUCUCAGGAAGCACCUUCAUCCAGUGCUCUUAGUCCUGAUUCUUGGAAUAUGAUGACCAUGACCAAAAGCAGGUCCUUCUCUACUUCCUAUGCUGUCUCUGCAGCUAACCAUGUGAAUUCUAAAAAGCAAAGUCGACCAGGUGUUCUAGCUAAAAUUUCACCUCUUUCAUCCCCAAGUCCUUCACCUAUUCAAGGGAGCCCAGCCAAUAGCCCAAUCAGAAAAAUUUCUGCAAUACAGUUUCCAGAAUCUGCAGAACUAACUCCCAAACAAGGCCUAAGCUCCCACAGAAUCUUAACAUAUACUCAGAGUGCACCAGAUCUUUCUCCACAGAUCUUCACCCCACCUGUUAUAUGUACCAGCUGUGGCAGACCAUAUAAUCAAGGGAACUCUGCUGCUGGGACACUGGGAAGUGGCAAUGCAGCUGCACAUUCACCAAACAGAACAGAUGACACAGCUCAAGUGACUUCUGACUAUGAAACCAAUAAUAACAGUGACAGCAGUGAUAUUGUCCAGAAUGAAGAUGAACAAGAGUGCUCUAAAGAUUUAUUGAGGAAAGAAUCUCAACACAGCACAUACACCCCUGAAACCAUCGUAUUUAUGCCAGAUAAGCCUAUUCUUGCUCCAGAGCCUCUUGUCAUGGAUAACUUGGACUCGAUAAUGGAAAAGCUAAAUACUUGGAAUUUCCCAAUCUUUGAUUUGGUGGAAAAGAUAGGGAAAAAAUGUGGCCGAAUUCUGAGUCAGGUAUCAUACAGACUUUUUGAAGACAUGGGACUUUUUGAAACUUUUAAAAUUCCUGUAAAAGAAUUUAUGAAUUAUUUUCAUGCCCUGGAGAAUGGAUAUCGGGAUAUUCCUUAUCACAACAGAGUCCAUGCCACUGAUGUUUUACAUGCUGUUUGGUACCUUACUACUCAACCUAUUCCAGGCCUCUCCACUGUGAUUAAUGACCAUGGAUCAGCAAGUGAUUCAGAUUCUGACAGUGGAAUCACACACGGACACAUGGGAUAUGUAUUUUCAAAAAUGUAUUCUCCAGCAGAUGAUAAAUAUGGAUGUCUGGCUGGCAAUAUCCCUGCCCUGGAGUUGAUGGCUCUCUAUGUGGCUGCAGCCAUGCAUGAUUAUGAUCACCCAGGAAGGACAAAUGCUUUUCUGGUUGCAACUAGUGCACCUCAGGCGGUGCUAUAUAAUGAUCGUUCAGUUUUAGAAAAUCAUCAUGCAGCUGCUGCAUGGAAUCUCUUCAUGUCCCAGCCAGAGUAUAACUUCUUAGUCAACCUUGACCAUGUGGAAUUUAAGCAUUUCCGUUUCCUUGUCAUUGAAGCAAUUUUGGCCACUGACCUGAAGAAACAUUUUGAUUUUGUAGCCAAAUUCAAUGCCAAGGUGAAUGAUGAUGUUGGCAUAGAUUGGACUAAUGAAAAUGAUCGUUUAUUGGUUUGUCAAAUGUGCAUAAAGUUGGCUGACAUCAACGGUCCAGCUAAAUGUAAAGAACUUCAUUUACAGUGGACAGAUGGCAUUGUCAAUGAGUUUUAUGAACAGGGUGAUGAAGAGGCCAGCCUUGGGCUUCCCAUAAGCCCUUUUAUGGACCGUUCUGCUCCUCAGUUGGCAAAUCUUCAGGAAUCUUUCAUCUCUCAUAUCGUGGGGCCAUUGUGUAACAGCUAUGACUCUGCAGGACUGAUGCCUGGGAAAUGGGUGGAAGACAGUGAUGAAUCAGGAGGAGACACAGAUGACCGGGAAGAAGUAGAACAACUAGCAACUGAAGAGGAAACUUGUGAAAAUGCUGACUCUGAAGGACAGCCGAAGUUCAAAAGGAGGAAAAUCUACUGCCAAAUAACUCAGCACCUCCUUCAAAACCAUAAAAUGUGGAAGAAAGUCAUUGAAGAUGAGCAACGAUUAGGCAGUGGGAUGGAAAAGCUAAGUCUAGAAAAAUCCACCCUGCAUCAAUCCUCAGAGCAAAUACAGGCAAUCCAGGAAGAGGAAGAAGAAAAAAGGAAACCCAAAGAAGAGAACACAACUACAGAUCUGACCCAAUGACAAUUCACCAAGCAUUACUUUAAGCCAGAUUGACUUGUGCACAGACUCCUUGCAAGCCAGCACAACAUUUAGACACAACACUGUAGAAAUGUGGGAUAACACACCUAUGGCUGUUUCACUUGGAAUGUUUUUGUCAGAAUUUUGUGUUUUGUUUGUGUUUGUGUUUUUUGGUUUCAUUUUUUUUUUCAGUGAGGUACAUUGCUUAAACUCAUAUGCUCAGAGAAGCUUUCUCACUGCAACACUGGCUUCCACAAUAUAUUUUUUUUUUAUUUAAGGAAGAAAUAUAUGCAUCUGUGCGUAUGAACACACACAUGCAAAACCCAAACACAGACACACAUAUAAUCACACAGAGCCAGAGUUAUUGUCUGUACACUUCUGCAACAUUCAUAUAAAAUAUAUAAUGGUCACUAUUAUAGUGCAAGUCAUAAAAGGGAAUUGUGCUACAUGACACAUUUGUGUGUGCAGGUACACAUAUGCGUGCAUGGAUUAGGAAUUUGGAAGGGGUGUGCUUGAGUGUGUGUGUAGGGGUGAGAGAGUGAUUACUGAGGAUUUAGUAGAUUAGCUGUAGCACAUGAUUCAGCACAUGUGAACAAAGAUAAGGCGCCAGUAUUAAGAAAGUUACAUCUGUAGUGAUGGAAAGCAAAAUCUGUUAAAGGUGUUAUCUUUUGAGAGGCAAUAAAAUCUCCCCUUUCAGUAGAAGGUGCAUUCACUGCUGUCUUCUUGCCAGGACCAUGUGACUGGCAAUAUUGUUCUCGUGCCUUUUAGAGGCAUGCUAUGACCAACCUCAAACCUAUGGGAGCACAGGUGCUUUACAUACAGUUAGCCAAAUGAACAUAGGGAAAAUAGGGGUGCAUGCAUACACUCCAUUUACCAAGGGAUAAGUUGACAGAAGAAAGCAACAUAGCAUUCUUUAUUAUUUAAGGAAAGACCUGUGAUCAAAUCAUCUAAUCAGGUAAUGAUUCUAGCCAGAUGCAAAAGAAGGGUGGGAUAGACAGUAGGCUAGAGAAUAAAUUGCAUACAUCCUUGCAAUUAUUCUCCUAUGACUUCCAUAUUUCUUGUAAAGGAUAUAAAAUUUUUAAGCAUACAUUAAGACACAGCUAUAGAAGAAUGAAAUGUUUCUAACUGGUUACAUGGUAUUCUUGAAUUACAAUGGAAGUUUUAUAUCUUAGUAACUAAUAAGGAUUGGCUCAUUAGAGGGGCCAGUGAUAACUGCGACUACCCAGCAUCAAAGAGUAGCAUUACACCUGCUGUGUGAUAUGGAUUACCUAGCUUCAAUGCCAAGGCUUUGGGUACACCAUUGUGUUAUUUUUAACAAAGAAGGAAAUUGUGUAGAGAUUGAGUCUGGUAUCAAGAGUUGUUUUUUUUUUGUUGUUGUUGUUGUUUCCACACUUGUUUAUGCUGUGAGCCAAACCCCUUUUUAAAAUUAAUACUCACUUUCAAUAUAUUUUAUUUCAUAAAAUAUUAUAUUUGUCAAUAAUUAGUUAUUAUGGUGUAAAUAUAAAGAAUUUUUUUGGUCCUGUAGAUAGUAUACUCUUAAAAAACAAAAGGGGGAAAAGGGACACAUUUUUAUAAAGUUAUUUUUUUAUCACCAGUUUUAUACAUUGUAGCCAUCUCCAACCCCAGCGAUAAAGUUGUGCAUAGUUAGCAUAGAGCCCUAUGGCCACAUGCUGAUCUUUGUAUUCUGGUUUCAGAUCAAAGAUGUGGGAAGUUUAUGCCAGCUAUACUGAUAUUCACUGAAAAUUUGCCAGUAAUUUUUGCCCACUAAAAAAAAAAUUAUUAUUUUUCUGUAUUUUCUAAGGUAGAAGACAAUUAGGUCAACUCAUCUAAAGGGUAAUUCUACUAAGUCCCUGUCUUCUAUCAUUUUUUGUUUAUCACAUAAUGCUUUCUGUGGACCUGCUGACAAUGCAAAAAGAAAAUAGAAUCUGUUUUCUUAUAAAUACAUUUAUUUGUCUCUUCUUUUCCCAUUAUUCAUAGAAGCAAAUAUUUGCAUAAAAUACCUUCUUUUCUCCUAAACAGAUCUUUUUUCUUCAAUCAAUGAUUUUGCAAUAAUCUAUGGUGUUUUUGUAAAUAGGCAAUGAAAUAAAUAGCAGAAAAUACUGUUUCUAUACUAUUUACAAAUUAUGAGGGGGGAAUGGAAGAAAACAGAUGUGAAGCAAAUGUUUAUCUAAAGCACUAGAAUAGAUUUCAAGUAUCUUUCAGUAUUUUCUUUUGUUUAAUUAUGAACAUGUCUUUACUAUUAAAGUUUACUGUUUUGAUUCUUCUUGACAUGAUGGCCAAAUGGCUUUAUUUUUUCACAAAUUAUUCUGAUUCCAAUAGUCUUCUUACAGGGACUUGAAUCAUUUAACUGUGCAGAUAGAGUUUUUUUUUUUUUAAUGUGGUUUCAUAGCCAUUGCUUCUGAUACUCUACUAAAAUUGUCUUUUUUAGUCUGUUUCCUAAGCUGAAAAUAAAGCCAACAGGUAUAGUCUAGGAAAGUAGUACAUUGGGUAAAUAGGCAGGUAGAUGCUCUUACCAAAAGUACAUAGUUGCUUCUAAAUACAAGUUAAAAAUGUCAGAAAUCCAGAUGGCCAAGCAAUGGCUUUCAUCUUCCAGUGCCUAUGUACUUAAGAAGUUCAUUAAUAACGGAAAGGUAUCUUGAUAAAUAGGGAUCAAAAAAUGGUCCUUCUCCAAAUUUGAUUCUUCACAUCUAAGCAGAGUAAUUAUAUUUAGAAGUUAUUUUGAAAGAAAAACAGUUUUUUAACAAAGGAAGAAGUUGGUCGGGAAAUACAGUAUACAACAAUAUGUCCGUGAUGGUUUUCAGACUAAUGAAAUGAAUUCCAAAUUUGGUCCUAGGGAUAUUGUCUAAUAUUUUCUUUUGGUGACAAAGCAAUACUGAUGUGUGUUUCCAUUUCCUUCAGCUAUUUCCUAUGGCGCCAGUAUAUCUGUUGCAAUUGAUUCUGUUUUUAUAGGGAUCUAUUUGUAGGUAUGGUUAGACAAACUCAGGUCUUAUUAAUGAAGGGAUUUCUGAUCAGCUUAACUAAAAAGCUCAUUCUAUAUAUCAACUCUAAAAAGAGAAACAGAUUAAGUUGAUAAUAAUUCCUUUAAACUGAGUAAAAAAAAUCACUUCCAGGGUGCUAUUAGGACCUCUUUUCAAUUACUAUCUACUGUAACUGAUCUAGAUGAAUGAGGACUUUUAGGACCUUUAAAAAGUGGUUUCUACCAUGAAACAAUUAUAAAAAUUUCCCAUGACUAGAGUUUCAGCUGUAAAAAAUCUUUUUGUUUAUUUUUAUAAUUAAUGUGUAAACACAGUUUUGAUAUGAGUAAAAGAGGAAGACAUUAGCUUUGUUCAGAAGUUUAUAUAUGUCAGUCUUUGUCAGAUAAGAGCAAACACCCAAUGCCAGGCUGCAAAAAUUGUAUACACUUUUGUGAAUGAAGAUUGUUUGAUUCUUCUUGUUAUCUUUAACUUGUUAUCCUAGACUUAUCCCCUCACCCACCCAAGACCCCAGCCAAUGAAGUCAUGUUCAAAAAAAAAAAGAGUUGUAUUUCAUCUACAGUGUUCAUAUUGAAACCCAUAAAUAUAAAAAGUUGGUUUGAAAUUACUAUAUGUAACAUAUGCCUUAUAAUGAAUUUUUACUAUAUUCCUAUAUAUCCCCAUUGUCUUAGCCUUAAAUGUCCAUUUCAGUGUAAAAGUUGUGCUGGGGGGGAUGAGGCCUAAUACUUGUUUAAAUAAUAAUUUAAAAAAAGAAAUUUAAAAUAUUUUCUAAGUAAUAAAUUUAUACAAAUUUUCAUUCUAAAUAAAGGUUAAGGUUUAAAAUGAUUAACAAA